AAAUAAACGUAGUGUUAAAAGCGAUAAAAAAAUAUAAAUAAAAAAUGUUUGACACAAUUGCUCAGUGACGAUAAUGACCGGCUAUCUUCCUAACAUUUAUUAAUGUUUGAUAAUUAUUGUGUCGUCGUUAAGCAAAGAUAAAUUUAAAAAAAAAAUAUAAAGACUUCAGUCUCAUCUUAAGCAUGAUGAAACAUAAAUUAAAUUUUUUUUGAAUAGUAAUCAUGUCGUUUUUAAAUAUAUACAGUCAUUGUGUCUCACUUUUAAUCACUGGUUUUAUUUUAUAUAUUGCUGGUUUUGACCUUGAAGCAACAAGUUGUCAUGCAAGAUUAUCUACAAUUGGAACUGUUUUAUUGAUGUCUGAAGCUUUGAUGGUUUUAACUCCGGACAAUGUUUGGUCUCAAAGUAUUCCCAACUAUAGAACACGAUCUCAUCUCCACUGGAUGCUUCAACUAACUGGCACAAUCAUGAACAUAACAGGUGCCAUAAUAAUGAUCAAGGACAAAAAAGAUGACACGAUAUCACUACACGCUAUUCUCGGUCUUUUAUCAAUUGCAUCAAUGAUAUUUUUAUGUUUAUCAGGCACAACACUUUUUUAUACUGUUAAAUUAAAAAAAAUUAUUCGUCCAGUUGUUUUUAAAUUUAUUCACACGUAUGUUGGUAUUUUUGCUUUUGUUUUUGCAAUAUCUGCUCAAUGCUUGGGUUAUGAUAAAAAAUGGGUCAAAGUUGCGGCUGGAAGACAAAUUGCAUUGCUUGCUUUUAUACUGACUUGUACAUCAGCAUUAAUUUGCCUUCUAAGACCGACUCAAUCUUUGACAAAAUAUUUCCAAGCAAUACUUAGAUUAUUUAAAAUUAAAAAAUUAACAAAAAGAAAUAAAAAUUUAUAAAAUAUAAUGAUUAUAAAAUUAUCGACUUUUCUUUAAAAUUCAUUAUCAACGAUGACCUAUAA